AGACCAUCUAGGGUUCUUACUCUUUGUAAGGAGACGCCGAGAGAGGGAUCUUCCUUCUCUCUACGAUUCCAGCCAGUUUCCGCCGACACCCUUCCAUCUUAUCGAUUAUUUCUCUUAUUUUUUUUAGGCACCACUGUCGAUAUCACAGUCUUUGCUCUCCCUCAUUCCUAUCCCUUUUUCUGCAAUUCACCGAGGGUCUUUGCAAUUCCGACGGCUAUUCCGGCGAUUUGUUCGCCCACUCCACCGAUCACCUCUUGUUCUCACCCCUUCAGACCGGCGCGGUGCUCGGUGGCCUUGUCGCCACCUAGAGGAGCCAGCCGGUGAUUCAGAGGCCGUGGGAGAGACCGCAGGCGCCGUUUCGACUCGGCGAUUUCUCGCCGACAGGAAUUAGAGGGUUUGCUAACCUGAAUCCACAAUGAGGUUAGAAAAGUGCUGGUUCUGCUCCUCAACCGUAUAUCCUGGGCAUGGUAUUCAGUUUGCUAGGAAUGAUGGCAAGAUUUUCCGGUUUUGUCGAUCUAAAUGUCACAAGAAUUUUAAGAUGAAGAGGAAUCCCCGUAAAGUUAAAUGGACCAAAGCUUAUAGAAGACUGCACGGGAAGGAUAUGACACAGGAUUCAACCUUUGAGUUUGAGAGGAAACGGAACAGGCCAGAGAGGUAUGAUAGGAAUCUGACACAGAACACCUUGAAGGCCAUCAAGAAGAUUGACAAAGUCAGAGUUGAAAGGGAGGCCAGACACCAUGCAAAGAGGAUGAAGGGAAAGAAAGCCAAGGAACAGAAGGAGGCAACAAAAGAGCUGGAGCAGAGCAUCCACAUGGUCAAGGCUCCUGGGGCCCUCCAACAAGCGCCUUCUCUUACUUUGCCAAAGAUCAAAGUGCAGGUUUCCCAGAAGCAGCAGUCCGAGGAAAAUCGCAUGCAGAUCGAGGAGUGAUCUUGUUACUACCAGGAUGCUCUGCUGUUUUGCUUAAUAUAUUUUGUGAUUUGAUAUUGUUUUUGGCAUCGUAUUUCUAGUUUGAAGACCCUAUAGACGCUUGGUUGAUGAUCCUACGGGAUAACUUGUUUGCUGCUUUGCCUUUGGCACGUAUGAUGUCAACCUUUUAGAGAUCAUUAUUGACGUUGGGAAUCGACAUUCAAUCUGAGAGGAAGUGAAUCUUCUCUCCUGUC